UCCAGAACUCGUCUCGCCCGCGGCCAAUCUCCUCCGUCCGGUCGCCGCGCCGCAACGCAGUCGAGCACCACCUGGGCCCCAGCAUCCUCGCGAGUCGCGACCAGCUCCGGCGCGGCGUCCGCCCUCUGCAGCCCUGGUGUCCCCGCGACCGUCGCUGCUGUCCUACUUCGCCACUCGCCACCUUGGCCGGCGACGAGCACCACCAGGACACCAGCCUAGGGUCUGCCACUGAUGACACCAAGAGGCGGACGUGCAGCAGCUAGUUCUGGUUCUGAGGAUGAGGAAGAGGAGGCUGGGUUCUCCAGGAGCUACUUCCUGGCCAAGGAGAAGGAGCCAUCAUCUGGGAAGAAGCGUGCCCGUGCCGCCGCGGGCAAGCUCUCCGACCUCAACCUCGUUGACGAGCAGGUGUUGCGUGCAUCCCUUGCAGAGAUCCCUCCGAAGCACGAAGAAGAGGUGGAAGCUCUGACUAGAAGCUACAAGGACCAGUACUGCAACUGGCUGUUCGAACUAAGAUGCGGUUUUGGUCUCCUGAUGUAUGGGUUUGGAUCUAAGAAGCAAUUGCUCGAGGAUUUUGCCUCUGCUACAUUGACUGAUUUCACUGUCAUUGUAAUAAAUGGCUACCUUCCGUCCAUCAAUUUGAAACAGGUCAUAGCAACAAUAGCUGAAAUGUUCUGGGAUCAAACAAAAGCUAAACGCAAGAGACAGCCAGGAACAAGGUCCCAGUUGUCACAACAGUUUCCAUCACAAUCAACAGAGGACAUCAUCUCAUUCCUAAUGAGACAGACAUCCGAUGAUGUGGAUGAUCCUGUGUGCCUUCUUAUUCAUAAUGUUGACGGGCCUGCUUUGCGUGAUGCUGAAUCACAACAGUGUCUAGCACAAAUUUCUUGCUGCCCACAAAUCCGCAUUGUUGCAUCAAUAGACCAUGUUAAUGCCCCUUUAUUGUGGGACAAGAAGAUGGUGCACAAACAGUUCAAGUGGAGCUGGUACCAUGUCCCGACUUUUGCACCUUACAAAGUCGAAGGCGUGUUCUACCCAUUGAUCCUAGCUAGUGGUGGUCAUGCCCAAACCACAAAAACUGCUCUCGUUGUUCUUCAGAGUCUGACACCAAAUGCACAAAGUGUUUUCAGAGUUCUUGCUGAAUAUCAGUUGGCAAAUGAGAAGGAGGAAGGUAUGCCAGUCAGCAGUUUGUAUACAAAAUGCCGUGAGCGCUUUCUGGUAAGCAGUCAAGUGACAUUGAAUUCACACCUGACGGAGUUUAAAGAUCAUGAUCUGAUUAAGAUCAGGAAGCACUCUGAUGGGCAAGAUUGCCUCCGCAUUCCUCUUGUUUCUGACGCACUGGAGAAGUUGCUGCAAGAGUUGGCUUGACAUUUUGCAUUUGCACAUGUUUCACGGAUGAUGAGUUCACUCAAGUAUUGUAGUUUUCUGUGCUACUUGCAACUGAAGGAUCUUCUCUGCUACCAUGGAAAGAACUCAGAUGAACAUGCCAUUCUGUAACUGUACAUGAAUUAUUUACCACUCGGAUUCUGGAACUGAGAGAAUGUUGCAUGAACUGCUCUGCUAAGUUUUGUUGGUUUAAA